CGGGCCGAUAUGGUCGCAAGCAGGAGCGAGGGCCCAAUCAAAUCAUUUAGCUCGUGGACGUAUGUGUGUGAUGACAAAAUAGCUCUCUAAUUGUAUUUUCCGCGUAAUGAAUUACAGUUUAUUUUAAUUUAUAUGAACACUGACUGAAAAUCAAUGGCUUUUACAAUCUACGAAUUAAUUCUAGUGUGCCCGUGAAUAAGCAGUGUAAAAUAGUUGUAAGACUUUAUUGACUGGUGUGAUAAAUAAUAAUAUUUCUGUGAAAAUGACCGCAUCUACUAUGAUAGAGUUGGAGUCUUGGAUAAUCUAUCAAUGUGUCCUGAAUGAAUGCCAUGUGUCUAGCUGAGCAGAAGAUAUAAGUAACAAGUUUAGUCAUUUCCCGAGUUCAUUUGAAUUUUCUCCAUGGUAUCUACUUCAAUGGAGGGCGGCGCGUGGUGCGCCCGCGACAUCUCCCUGCGCGCGCAGAAGAAGUUCCUGUCGAGGGUCGGCGGCGCGGCGAGCGCGCGCGCGCUCGUGUUGGACGAGCACGCUGCCAAGCUUCUCGACCAGUUCCUGACAGUGCUUCGCGAGCGGGUGGAGAAGCGCGAAGCAGAGAAGUUGGUGAAGCACGUGAUCAAAGCGGCCGUAAAACUAGGUGUCCUCCGACGACACGGCCAGCUGUCUCCGGCUGAUGAGCGGGCGUUGGCCGCCUUCAGGUCUAAGUUCCACACUGUGCUGAUGGCGGUGGUGUCGUUCUGCGAGGUGGAGUUCUCAUACGACCGCGGGUUCCUACAGGACGCCUUGCGCGAGUCCCACCAGUCACUCAAAUCUGUAGUAGAACGUCACCUGUCAGACAAGUCUGUGUCGCGGCUGGCGGGCGUGUUCACGCUGGCGUCGCGCGCGGAGCUGCUGGACUCGCUGUUCGCGGGCGAGCUGGACGCGCGCGUGCUGCAGCUGGCGCGCGCGCUGCGCUCGGAGCUCGACCGCGGGCUGCUGUAACCGCCGCAGGUGAACCACCUCAUUUAGCAGGGUUAUAGGAACCGCGCGUUCUUCAUUCGUUAUCUCCACAUUGUGGAGAUUUUCCAGAAGUUUCUGGGAGAUUUUCGGGAAUUCCGGAUUUUUUGAUGCUUCAAAUGCACUGUGAGGAUCGUUGUAAUACAAAGAUUCAAACCGCCAGACUUGUUAUGUUGUAUUUCUUGCCGCUGUCUUAUGUUUCGCUAAUUUCUCAAUGAAUCCUGUGAAAUAUUUUCUUCUGGUAAGAGAAACCAUACAUUUCAAGUAUUUCUUCACAUUAGAAAAUUUAUGAAAAACGUUGUUGAACAACGAAAUAUUCACAAUAUAGCACUUUCCACGUAACGCACUAUUUAGUGAGAUUGUAAAGGGAAAUUUAUAUCAAAUACGAUUUGUAAGUCGACGAAGGUAUUCAAUUUUCACUUGCCGCCUAUAAUAAUAAAAUGAAACAACAUUUUCUGACAGCAAGCUUGAGAUUAAGAUUGAAAUUUAAUAUUAUAUAAGUUAAAAGUGACUGUCACGUGACAGUUCGUAAUCAGUGAUGUUAAUUUCAUGGAAUUAGUAGGCACUCCGACGAAGUACCACUUACCAAAUCCAUGGUUAAUUUAGACUGUGACAUCAUUUCAUUAUAUCUAAAUGUUACACACGCUUGUAAAAUACCUAUGUAAGUACUAAUAAUUUCUUAUUUUUCAUGUAAUUACUAAAAUUAUAUUCAAGUAGCUCUCUGAUUGUCGGUAGAUGGCUUUAAAUAAUAAUUUGUUUAAUUUUUCGCUAUAUUUUUAAUACUUUUACUUAAUUCUUCAGAAUCUCUGUUUGGUCGCUGUCAAAUAUAUUACGUAAAUACGUCAUAAUAUAUUACGUAAGUAGUAUAAUGUAUUACUUAAAUGCAGAAUGGACCAGUUUGGACAUUUCAUAAGGAUAUAAAACUCUUUUAGCUUUGAACUGUUUUUGAUCAAUCUGUGUGAUUUAUCCUAAUAUACUUAUUUAUUUAUUUAAUAUUUAACUUUGAAAUUUAUUGCCAUUGUAACUUAACAAUGCACAAAUGGUCUACUUAUUGCCAACUUAAAAAUGACAUUUCUCAUCACCAUAUUUCUCUUGAACCGCACCUGAUUCCGAAUAUUUUUUUACAAAUCAUUAGGCUAAUUAGUCAAUUGAUUCAUUUAUUAGUAAUUUUAUAUAAAAAUUACUAAUUAUAUUUUAAACUAAAACGUUCCCGUAGAAACAAAAGACUAACGAAGUAAUGAGGAACACUCUGACAUUGUAAAAUAUAUCGAUGUUUUUAUUGUCUAUGUUUUUUCUAAUUGGUGUGUUGAUGUUGAAAUGGAAUGAAAAUACAAUGCAAUUUUCGGUGUUGAGGUGUUGUAUAAAUGUCGAAUAUAUAGGAGAAACUGUUAAAAUAUGUUAAGUAUGUGUCUCGUUUUUCUACUGUAACUCUUUAAACACGAAUGGAUAAUAUUCUCGUUAAAAUUAAUGACAGCGGACCUCGUAAAUUUUAAUGCUAGCGAUUAUCUGAAACACGUAGACAGAUAACUAGAUGUAAAAUUGUUGAUUUUAAAAUAAUUGGUUUCUCGGAGAUUUACGGGAAUUCCGGGUUUUUAGAUGCUUCAAAUGCACUGUGAGGAUUGUUGUAAUAUAAAGAUUCAAACCGCCAGACUUGUUAUAUUGUAUUUGACAAAACUGGAAGGAAAAGACCAAAGAUUUAAGAUUUACGGACAAAUCAAUUGUAUCGAAAUCUGGUUUGAAAAAAAAAAAACUAAAAAACACUAUGGGGGCUUAAAAAUUAAACUCCAGGCCAGUACUGCUUAAUCAAUUUAAAAUAUGUUAUGUUUAUCGUAGUUAUCUUCGCAACUUGCCGUAAUAUACUGCCAGUAUUUUAGCUAUUUAAACUAUACUCCAAAAUACUAAUAUAUACUAAGUUCACUGCAGACUAUGUCGAUACAGCGUCUUGCCUUGUCAUAUUGAACACAAGAAAUAAGCACAUAUACGCAUUUAAUAGAUGUAAAUAUAAAUGUAAUGUUUAUAAAAGGUAAUUUUAAUUUGCUCGUAAGGAAUGUCCGUGUGUUGAAGACGGAGAAAGUAGAACUGUUUUACGAUUGUACGUGAUGAAUAUAUCGAAAUUGAUGAAAUUAAAAUUUAAUAACAAAAAUUAAUUUAUAUUUAUGGGAUUUGUGAUUUUAUAUUUGAUGCAAGUCUCCGUUAAGAUCCAGUUAUUUGAAAUGAAUUUAUUUUACCGAAAUAUUUUUUAUUUUAUGAAUGACCUGACCUGUGUCAAUUUACUAAACUGAAUCUUUUAUAAAAAAACGGCUUAAAGAAAUGCUUUGUGUUAUAGUUAUACUAACUAUAAUAGUUCGUUGUUGAAAAUAACAGAAUAUAAGUAUAAUCGAAAAUAUAAACAAUUUUCUUUUUGUAUUUUGGUUAGAAAAUUUAUUUCAAAUAAGCUGCCGCUCCCUUUAACUGGUUCAUAUCAGGUAUUGUUAGUUUAUCAUCCUAUUACCUUGUCGUUUUCUAAAUUAGAUAUCAGUGGUUACCAAUGCAUAACGUUAGGUAUACAAUUACUCGAAACAGAAGCUAAGUUAGGAUAAGGUAUAGCUAAGUUAGGAUAAGGUAUGUAACAUAGUGGUAAUUUUCUUUAAUCGAACACUAAUAUCUUGUCACCUAUGAAAAAUUUUUAAGACUGCUUCUGAAUGUUCGAUGGUUUUCAAAUUUUCGAUAUUGGAAAUCGGACGCUUUCGAUCGUUGCGAUUAUUAUAAUAAUAGGUACUAACCUGUUCACUUGAUGCAUCUAUUGAGAACAAAAUUACCAGAUUUAUUAUUUUUCUUUACUUUUCGCUAAAACAUAAAUGAAAAAUUUUAAAAUCAUCGCAUCAACUACGUAUUUUUAUAUAAUUGAAAACAAUUUCGGACCAAAUCUCUUAAAAAAUAACAGAGUAAACAUAUCUGAGCGGAAUUCAUAUCUAUGUUAGCAAUAACGAAUCGGUUUAGUGUUAGCACGAUAGAUGGCGGUAGUUUCCACUGCGUAUGCGCACUAUAUCUUGCCUAACAACACUGUUCACUGUUUAGAUUAUAACUACUGUAAUACUAAAUUUGGGCGUAUUGUAUAGUUGUUUAGGGCGUAUUUCCAAAGGAGUAAAUGCGCAGUAAGUGAUCUGAUAUUGCUUUAUAUGUGGCAGGAGAUUUUUUAAGCAAUUAUUAUUUAGUUCGGUUCCAAAAUUAUCAUUUAAAAAAAAAUAUCAUAAAAGUAUUUAAAUAUUUAAUUAGUUAUAAAUACGAUUACUAUUACAAUAAAAUUGCUAUUUGCUUGUGAGUAUACUUGUGUUAUUCUAUCUCAUUAUUUGUUUUCAUGUGGGUGAAUUAAUGUCAGUCGAAUUGUAGCGUUUACUCCUUACAAAGAUAAAUGCUAUCUGAGAUAGCGCCCACUCGCUAGACGAAAUCGGAGACGUCCACGUAGAUUGUAUUAAAAGACAAUAUCAAUGUAUAAAUGUUCAGUGGUUCUUGUAUGUCAUUCGAUGUUUUUAUUUUUAGCAAGAUAUCGUUAGAAAAUAAAGAAAAAUUGUUGAUUAUUCAAAAGUAAGUGUAUUGAGACAAGUCUCAUUUUUGUACUUUUGAAUCUUUGCAUGCCUAGUAUAAAACAAGGACCUCGUAGCCUUUAUCUGUCUGUUAUAAUCUAAUUGUGACGCUGAUACAUACAAUGAUACAUGUGGGAGAAUACUGAAAUUAAUAAUAAUUUAGGAAAAUGUAUAUAUUUAGGAAUGAAAACAAUAUUAUUAAUUUAAUAUUCAUCAUGUUUUAUAUUGGAAUUUUAAAAUAUGAUUAAUGAGUAGUACAUAGUAAAUUAACGUACCGGGCACAACGUGGUUGAGGCAAUUCAGAGAAAGGUAAACAACUUGCCACGUCGGCCGUCGAACAACGUCUGAUCUGUCGAAAGAUCGUACGGCAUUUAUAAAGGCGGGUUGGUAUCGUUGGUAUCGGUACGACGGUUGAAUUUAAAAAAAAACAAAAGUGAAUUUAUAUUUUUCGUCCACAUACAUAAUAUGCAAGUAAAACGGGGCGAUUAGCUUCGAAUUUGAUACUUCGAUAUUGACAGAUAUUCAUUCUUCGAUAUUAUGUUUCGUCUCGCUCAUGUAAUAAAGAGAAAAGCGCAUUAGACAAACACGAGAAGAAAUGGGACAGAGCGAUAAUAUUACUCAUAAGCAUUACAAAACCGGGCUAACGGUAAAGGUUUUUGCAUGGAAUUAGUAGGUACUCCGUACUUAUUAAAUCCAUGGGUUUUUGUCUACAUCGUGUCACUCGGUUAUCCGUUGUCUUAGUUUGUUUUUAUUUCCACCCGGAUAAUUAAUAUUGGUCUAUGUUGCCAGUAUAUUAUUCAUGACGACGACGUAACUAUAACAACGCGACGACGAUAUGAAAUGAAUGACGAUAUAAAGUAAUCGAUUAAGAAUUCGGGUCAAACUCAGAAAUUAUCACAUUAAUGGCAAUUUGUUCACUCAACCGUUUCAGUCUGUUAUUAUAUACAGGAAUUCAGUUUUAUUUAUAACUAGCGGCCCAUCUCAGCUUCGCUCGGGUAAACUGUAAUUAAUUGUACACCUAAAUCUUUCUUAGGAAUCACACUAUCUGUUGCGUAUAGUUUUAAUGAGCAUAAAGCAUACAGAGAGAAGCGACUUCGUUUUAUACAAUUUAGUGAUAAAUAAAGCUGAAUUUCAUAUAGAUUUAGCCUUUAUUGGCUUUUACUAGUAAUUCUAGUAGGGUUGGGUUGAACUGUUCAACAUUACAUUUUUCUUUGUCUUUGGGAAACAAUUAAGACGAUUUUAUAAUUUUUAUCUCAGAUAAGAGAAAGACACUCGCACUGAAGCACUCGGUCAUGACAUUUUGCAUGUAGAUAGGUAGGACGGUCACCGAUGCCUGACUAGUUGGCUGAAGUUAAGCUCUACCGCUGUGUUGUAUUUAUAUGUUCAUUAUUUGUUAAGCUGUGGUAUAUAUUAUUGUAAGAUUUGAUAUCAAAUAUACAAUUGAUAAGUU